AGGGGAGACUAAGCUGGUGCAGCAUUCAGUCUGAACCUCGCCUUCAUCCGCAGCGGACUCGCUUGGCACGCAAGCACUGGACGUAAAAUCAUCGUUUUGGGGGGAAAAAAGACAGUCAUGACCGAAACGACUAAAACGCACGUUAUCCUGCUAUCCUGCGGUAGUUUCAAUCCUAUCACCAAAGGACACAUCCAUAUGUUCGAAAAAGCCAGAGAUUACCUCCAUAAGACAGGACGGUUCAUUGUGAUCGGAGGCAUCAUCUCACCAGUCCAUGACUCCUAUGGAAAACCGGGUUUGGUCUCCAGCAGACAUCGUCUGACCAUGUGCCAGCUGGCCGUGCAGUCCUCUGACUGGAUUAGGGUGGACCCCUGGGAAUGUUAUCAGGAUACUUGGCAGACCACUUGCAGUGUGUUGGAGCACCACCGUGACCUCAUGAAGAGGGUGACGGGCUGCAUCCUAUCUAAUGUGAAUUCUCCUUCAACGACUCCAGUGAUUGGACAGCCACAGAAUGAGACACGCCCCAUCUAUCAGAACAGCAACAAUACAAGCAACAAGCCUACUGCCAUUAAACUGUUGGGGAAGGUGAGUGAGAGCUUGGGAAAGAUCUGUUGUGUCCGGCCCCACAUUGAGCGCUUCACCUUUGUGGAUGAGAAUGCAAACCUGGGCACUGCAAUGAGAUAUGAAGAGAUUGAGCUGCGGAUCCUAUUGUUGUGUGGCAGUGACCUGCUGGAGUCUUUCUGUAUCCCUGGGUUGUGGAACGAGAGUGAUAUGGAGGUGAUUGUAGGAGAUUUCGGGAUUGUCGUGGUCCCUCGUGAUGGCACUGACACAGAAAGGAUCAUGAACCACUCUUCAAUCCUCCGCAAGUACAAGGAUAAUAUUAUUGUGGUAAAGGACGACAUGAACCACCCAAUGAGUGUUGUCAGUUCUACCAAAAGCAGACUGGCCUUGCAGCAUGGAGAUGGUCAUGUGGUGGACUACCUGAGUCAGCCGGUCAUCGAUUACAUCCUGCAAAGUCAACUCUACAUCAACACCUCUGGAUAGAGCCCCGCAGCUUGGCUCUUCCCUGCAGAGAGGAGCUCGACUGCCUCUCCUCCUCUGUCUCUCUGUGUAAAACAUAUACUCCUCCUGCUCUACUGCUUUCCAUGUACAGGAGCCUUCAGUGUCUGUCCCUCCUAACUGUAUCAUAGUGACUAAUGGCCCUGCAGAGGUACUACACUGUACAAGACAGCACCGGAUAUGUGGAGCCCUCGUUGAGUGAAAUAUCUUCUCUGUGCGCUGAGGGCAGCUGGGUGUGUGUGUUUGGGGGUUGGGGUGUGGGUGGGUUUGGGGGGGGUUUGCAGCAGGGGUGCAAGGAAUGUUCUCCAAAUGGUAGCACUGUUGGCCUUUGCUGUUCAUUUAAUACUGUUCUUCUUCGACUGCAUGCUUUUAACGUUUUUUUAUUUCCCAAGCAUGACUGCUGUAAUCGCAAAGUAGAUCUAUAGUCCGUGGUGAAUGUGUUAGCAACUAACUGCUGGGAAGAGAAGGCGAUGAUGUGCUAAACGCAAAGUCCACUCAUCUCCCACUUCAGUGUCCAUUCCCUGUCUACCACCCCUGAGGCUCCGCCUGUGUCCUCCUCACAGGCUCCAGAGAAAAAAAAAUAUCGUUUCACAGGUUUCUCUCUUAGCUAGUGCACAAAAAAACUGUACAAAUAUCCAAUAUCUGUGCAAGGCACACAAUAAAGGGAAAAAAAGCAGUACUUUCUAAAUUAUUCCUCACUUUAGUGAAGGCAAUGUAUUGAACAAAAAUACAUACAUUACAUAACCAAAGUAAAUAAGUCUAUCUGAAUUUCGGAUUGACGAUUUGUUUUGACCAAAAGCAACAAUCAUUCAAUGAUUUAGCUAUUUCAGGAUUGUGGAAACAGACGCGACACCUUCUGUAAAGAAAGUGGAGAACAUACGAACAGUGGAGCACUGAAGGAUGAACAUUAAUUAUCCUUAGAAAAUAGAAAUUAAAGCAGCAAUUAUUUUUAAACGUUUACCAGAAAUCAGGCUUAGGUCUUGUUUCCAGCUAGGGACUCCUUUAACAAUUCUGAAAAUGAAUACGUGUUGCAUUCUCAUGGAAUUAUAUCAGCAACAAUGGCUGGCAUAAUCUGAGGGGGCAGUUUUCUUCCUGCAAUAUCUUUCUCUGUGCCAAGUCUGAAAGUCCAAAUAUGAAUCUAUUGAACACAUACAUCUGCAAUAAUACAACAUGAAUAUGUUUUAACAUGCAAGCAGGAUUGGCUGCAAGAGUAUAUAACAGAGUUGGAUAUUGUCGGUGGUUUUAAAGAUACCUUUCUAGCAAGUCAAGGGGGUGUAUCCUGAUGGUGACUGCUUCACAUUAUAGCCUACAGAAAAUGUAAUGAAACUGGGCAAGUUUUAUAUACUUGCCAUGGCAAAAAAAAAAACAACACAACUCCCUGUAAGGAACACGAUUUUAAAGCUUCUACACCAGCUUUUGCAGUAAAAAAUGAUCAUAUCCACACAUUUAUCAUUAGCCAAUUGUGAUCCUAAACUAGCAAAUUCCUUUAAAUGACUUCAAAUACAGUUAUACUGUAACACACUCCUCUAAUCCAUUUACUCUCCUGCAAGACUCUGUGGAAGUAGCAGUGUCAUUGACAGAUGGGCAUUCAGGAGGAGUGUAUCCACAGGACUUCAUUCUCUCCAUGUGUUCUAGGGCCUGUAGCCAUUAAGCUAAGCUACUUAAGAGCUGACAAUUACUAACUGGGUGAGUAUAAAAUAAUGUACAAAAUCCAGCCAUUUCUAAAGAGCUUAAAAAUGAAAUUCACAAAUAAUGGAGAUAUUUCUGUAAUGCAUGAACAGAAAUCUGAGUAUCGCAACACAUUAUGCUUGCCAGUUCCAAGUGGGGCUCUGACUGUAGCCAGGAGUGCCGACUUGUAGCACUAAAGGGGCUGUAUCACACAGAGAUCAAGCAGAGUCAGGUAAAGAAUACUGAAAAUCCUAGCAGUGCGAUACUCGCUGGAUGCUGUUUUUGUCUUCCAAAAGAAGACCUCAGCUCCGCUGUUUCCACUGUCUUUUGUGAUAAAAAUGCUUAUCCUGGUGAUCAUGUUCCCAGAGAUCUUUAUGUGCCUUUGGUUUCCAUAGUAGUUGGGGAGCACAACUUCCUAUCAGCUAAUGAUUUCCACACCGCAUAGAAAAAGGGAGAAAUUCAUAAUAAA